AUUUUCCCUCUUUCAAUUGCAUACUUGUUCUUCCUCACCACUUUCUAGCGCUCGUAUUCUACUUCUAUCCCAAGUGAACUCCAGUGUUUUAAGGUCCUUGCAUGCACGUAUGAAUCCGCUUUCGUUGUUAGGGCCAUGCCAACGAGUAUCAAGCAGUCGAACAUGUUCCAGGUGGAGGACUCCUUCGACACUUUCUUCGUGCGUCUCGAUGAUGCAAACUUGUUGCAACGUCAAACCUCGUAAAUUUUCCAUCUGCGCUAUCUCCCUGAUCAGCUCCGCGGACACUCGCUUUUGCGUUCGAGAGCCGUUGGAUGGUGAUGCCUGCACUUUGUUCGUGCACUUUGCAAGAAUCAUGUUCGCAUGUGGCAUUCAGUAGCUUUUUGGCCCGACACCCCUUCCUUUCGACAUUGCACCUUUAUUACGCGAACUUUGAUUUGUUUCCCAUUCCGGAUUUGGUGACCGGUGGUUCACUUCCGUUUCUGCGACAGUUCAGUGGUUCAUUGGCGAACGUGAAUACCAUGUUGGAGCAUUGGCAAAGUCAUUUGUCGGUGAUCACCGUUAUUGGUGGUCGGUCAUCUGAACAUGAGUUUCACAAAUUCCUAAAUGUGCUACCUACGCAUCUCGACGUCCGGACUCUGACUCUGUCCGAAAAUAAUGGUUACACUGCGGCGGACAUUUGUCGUGUACUGAAAAGCUGCGGAAACCUGACAUCGCUCACUUUCAAAUUUAAUUGCUCAAUUUGGGCCGAACGUGUGGGUUUGUGCCAGCCCUACCUACUACUUACUGAUGUACCCAUCCAGGAACAGUGGGAAGAUACCAUGCUGGCUUGCUUCAACAUUGAAAAUCUUACCCAUUUUAAUGUACAACUGUUUAUUUCCGAUGCACAAGCCGCACAACAUUGUUGCAUGAUGGCUGUGAACCAUUUGCUUUCAACGAAUGAGGUUCGUAUCAACUUUGAACCGUUGAAUGUUGUGUUCUCCAUACCCGUUGGCGAUGUGUAUUCUGUAAGACUUUAGACUACUUUUAAAAUCAAUGUCUAUCAAACGAGGUUGGGUACACGUUGAAAAUUGAUGGUUUUUGCGUACACGUAA